AGUGAAGUUGAGGGAAAAAAUCACUUCAGAAAUGGAGAAAAAACUUUGAGUUGCUCUCAAACAAAACAGAAAGUUUUAAAGAAAAGAAGAGCCAAGAAAUCUUUCACCUGCACUCAGUGUGGAAAGAGUUUGACAUGCAAAUAUAGUCUUUAUGUUCACAUGAGAGUUCACACUGGAGAGAAACCAUUUAAGUGUUCACAUUGUGACAAGAGAUUCAGUCAGUCAGGAAUCCUGAAAAGACACGAGAUAAUUCACAAUGGAGAGAAACCGUACACGUGUGAUCAGUGCGGGAACAGUUUCACACUGAAAGGACACCUUACGGCACACAUGAGAGUUCAUACUGGAGAGAAACCAUUCACUUGUGAUCAGUGUGGGAAGAGUUUCAUACACUCAUCAAGCCUUAAGGAUCACAUGAACAUCCACACUAGAGAGAAGCUGUACACAUGUGAUCAAUGUGACAAAACAUUUUUGUGGGCUUCAGACCUGAAGAAACACAUGAAUAUUCAUACAGAGGAGAAACCACAUUCAUGUUAUUUGUGUGAAAAGAGUUUUUCACGUCUACAAUAUUUAAAAGAACAUCAGAAAAUACAUGCUGGUGUGAGAGAGUACAUGUGCUUUGAGUGUGAAAAGACUUUUACUUCAGCUGAAAGUUUAAAACGGCACGAGAGGAUUCACACUGGAGAGAAACCGUACAUGUGUUCACACUGUGACAAGAGAUUCACUCAGUCAGGAAUCCUGAAAAGACACCAGAGGAUCCACACUGGAGAGAAACCGUAUACGUGUUCACACUGUGAUAUGAGAUUGAGUAAUUCAGGACAGCUGAAAACACACGAGAGGAUUCACACUGGAGAGAAACUAUAUCACUGCACUGCAUGUGGGAAGCGUUUCAAUCAUUCGUCUUCUCUACACAGACAUGCAAAAAACAAUCACAGUAAGAAGCUGGGUCUUUCUUUCAGGUCUGAUGCCGCGUCCUCACCAAAUGUGACACAAUAAUGCAUCAAGCAGUAAAAUAUCAUCUGGAUAAAUCUGUCCUAACCAGUCAUUACAAGCGACAUGACAAAGAUCUAAAGUUUUUACAGUGAAUAAAGUUCAAUUUCAUCUUCAAAACCAGCAGAUUCAACUGUGAGA